GACGAGAUCCAAGAACAAACCGGAACAAUCAUCAAAAUCACCAAUCCACCACCAAAACACUCUGCAUUUGCCUCGGAAAACACAAUCACAAUCAAGAUCGAUGGACUUCCUCCCCAAGCUGAAAUAGCCCGUGUACGCGUAUUGACCAUCCUAGAUUCUUUGUCCGAUUUGAGCAUUGAUACUGUCAAGAUCCCGUUGCGAUUACAACCUCUCAUCUGUGGCAGAAAACGUACAGCUCUACAGCCUAUUAUCGAAGAAACCUUGACAAACAUCUAUUUUCCUUCGCCCUUUGUUGACCCUCUCAAUAAUAAUGCCUCUGAAAGCUCUUCAGAAUUCUCUCCACCAAUCUAUAUUACCGGAGACCCUAGUAGCGUAUCUCGCGUCAAAGAUAUGCUGACUAAACUUGCUGCUCAAAAGGCCAAGUCCAUGUACCACAAGGAUACAAUCAUGCACGCCCGUAAACUAGACUGGAUGCUCCUUCACCGCAGAGAUGAAUUGCGCACAAUCAUGCAUGACAAUGGUUCUUUUAUUGCUUUGCCUCCACUUGGUUCCGGUACUGGUCUUGUUACUGUUUAUGCAGAGAACCGAGUUAAUGCAGAACGCACCCUUCGAUCCCUUAAUUUCCUUGCUUGUUCAAUUUAUGAGGCUUGCUUUUACUUUAACAAUCGCGAUGGGGCAAUCUACGGCACCGACGGUUCAAAUACCUUUUUCAACUCAAUCACAAACCUCGCCAAUCUCGUCACUCAACUGUCCCAGAUAUCAGGCGCAGAAGUCGCCUACAAAACAGACCCUGGCUGUAUCGAGGUCCACGGCACCGAGCGCGCGGUUCGAAAUGUCUACCAGCGACUACACGAAAUGACUUUCCUAAAGAUGUUCCACCAAGACACCACUUUUAGCGUCGAGCUCUCGAACGAGCAACGCGAAUUCAUCAGUGGUAAGAAGAGCGGCAAGAUCAACAAGAUCAUGAAGACCUCGGGAGCCAAGAUCAAGUUCAUGCCGUUCAGUGAAUACAACUUCAUUAUCGAGGUCGAGAGCACCAGCUUCACCAAGGCACUCGAUGGCCUGACCUUGCUCCAAGAAGAACUUCCUGCCGAGAUCUCGUUUUAUGUCCCAGAGACGUACCACAAGCGUAUCAUUGGCGUCGGAGGUAAAAAUAUCCAACGCAUCAUGAAAAAGUACGGCGUCUAUGUCAAGUUCUCAAACGCCGAGGAAUUUGCCGCGCUUGGAGGGUAUUACGGAAACGAUGACAAUGUGGUGGCCAGAACGCCGAUGAAGAACCAGCUCAAUCUGGACAACUUGCGACAUGCGGUUAUGGAGUUGAUCAGUGCCAAGGACAAGGACUUUGUGGUCCAGACAGUCGGAAUUCCCUUUCGGAUGCACAGGACACUCAUCCGGGACAACGAACAGUACCUAAAAGACAUUUCCCAAAAGGCCAACACGCGCAUACUCUGGCCGGACCACGAACUGGCCAGCGAUGCCGUAACUCUGGUUGGCCCAGAGGCACAGGUCGGAAAUGCGGCCCAGAUGCUGAGAGCUUGUGUGCCAGAAGACUAUUGUAUCCAUGUGCCCUUUUCAACCAAUCUGAUCGCAAUCCUGGACUCUGAUCACUACCAAGAGGCCGUGGUUGAUCGUCUUGAGCAGGAAAUGAAUGUA